AGAGACUUCAGCAGGGUGAAGAAUAUCUGUGGCGCAAGACUUCCCGAAAGCUCCAGGAACACCACCCUUUUCCACCUUGUGACACGCGAACGGACAGUCUUCGAUUCGACUUGUCCAUUUUGGAAAUCACUACCAAGCACGCAAUCACGAUAAAGGCUUAGCCUUCUCCAUCAUGGAGUCCAUCGACCACGCGGUCCAAAGGCUCCACCAAAUCUAUACCUUGCAGAAUGUCAUCCGUCGUCGACGCCAUAUUAACCUCAAGUCCCACCAACGGUUGAUGGAAUUCUCCAUAGAGCUGCUAAAUUCGGAACCUCUUCAGGGCAAUCCCACGCUACAGCGUACCGCCGCCAUCCAAAAAUUCUCAGAUGCAGUGGCCAAGUUCUCGUGGUACGUGCAAAACCACUAUGACAAGAACCGAGUCGUCCGCGUUUUCAAUUUUACCAGAAUGAAGAAGCAACGACUAAUUAUCGCGGAUGAAGUCUACGAUCUCUUCCGAAUGUUGAAUCUCGCCGCUAAUGUGGCGGUGUUAGGAGGCCAGGCUGGUGCUUCUGUGAGCGCAGCGAUGCUCCCGACUAGGCUUGACGAUGCGCACAGCGAUUUUCCGACCCGCUCGUGAUGAUAUCCAUGCCGAUCAGGAGCCCAAAAUGAAGCUGCAAGUGGAGCGUGAAGGAGAAACGCACAUCGUCCUCAACUAUGUAUAUCUCGUCUAUGCCAGCUCGGCCGCACGUCCUGUGCGGCCCAGUGCAGUGGACACGGGUACCCGAAGGUCGGGCGAACCCAAUAUAAGAAUGAAGAUACUAUUUCUAGUGAUUUCAGAAAAGCAAGAAAUCGACAAAUAUAAGGAUAGGGUGCCCCUUUUCUCUUUCAAACGGCUAUUUUCUUAGAAAAUGGACCCUCA